UAUUUGUUUUGGAUUGCGUUUACAAAUUUUGUUUACAAUCAUGCUUGCUGAAUUCGACUUGUAAAAUGUUUGAUAAAAUGAAUCAUCCAAGGGUAGAAAUUUGAAAAUUUCAGUUGAAAGUAUGAAUGAUGGAUAAAGAAAAUUUAAUUGCAGAAAAGCUGCUGGCUUGGGAUUCUGAAUCUGAUUCUCUGGCGCCGCUUUCAGAUCUUCAGUUGAAAAGUAUAUCCGCUCUUCAAGACAGCUCGUACGAGCGACCUUUCCCUUCCGAAUUGCCUGUAGACGAUGAUGUUUUAUUUUAUCAACAAGAAUCAUCUGUUGAAGAAGCUGCUGAUUUGCUGAAUUUUUCAUCCAAUGCUGAUGUGAAAUAUACAAAAAUUGAAAAUGCACAGCAGUUUCUGUCUUGGUUUACUUCCGUGGAGGAACAGCUGGUUGAUGAUGAAGAUAUUAUCUAUAAAGCAUAUAUGGAUGAGUUGAGCAAACAUUGUGAGCAAUAUUCAUUGAUUUUUGAUGACCUUAAUUGUGCUUUAAAAUCUCUGGAAACAUUGAAAGAAAAGUACACAUUUGUAUCAGAUAAGACUAACUCUUUACAUGAAGCCUGUGAAGAUCUCUUAAUGCAACAGACCAAACUUGUUAGUUCUGCUGAAACAAUCUCUCAGAAACUUAGUUAUUUCAACGAGUUAGAAACUUUAUCUCAGAAAAUUUCCUCCCCAACAUUAUCAGUAGUCAGUGAAACCUUUAUGCCUCUGCUAUCUCGUUUAGACGAAUGCAUUGCUUAUGUUGAAGCAAAUAUAAAUUAUAAGGAAUCUCCUGUUUAUUUAUCGAGAUUUCGGCACCUGCAGAGCCAAGCGUUAGGCAUGAUACGAUCAUAUGUCAUAUCAACCCUACAGCAAGCCACUCAACACGUUCUUCCACGACGAGACACUCUGUCUCCCUCUGAAAAUGCUUUUACCUUGUAUUAUGGCAAGUUUCGCUCUCAUGCACCUCGAAUUCAUGCACUGAUGAAACAGAUUGAAGAAAGAGUGGAGAAAAAUCCUGAUUAUGAAGUUCUUGUGUCAGAUUGUCAUCAAUGUUACUUUAACCAAAGAGAAAUUCUUCUGGGACCAAGUGUUUCUGCAGCCAUUACUGAUUUGGCCGAAAAGCAUAAGAAAGAUCACUGCUCUCUUGUUCGGAGUGGCUGUGCUUUUCUUCUUCAUGUUUGUGAAGAUGAAAAUCAACUUUUUCAACAGUUUUUUUCACAAAACUCGAAGCAUUUAGAAGAUUUUUUAGAAGGUUUGUGCAUGCGGCUAUAUGAUGUUCUAAGGCCUAUUAUUAUUCACAUAAACCAUUUAGAGACUUUAGCUGAACUUUGUGGAAUUCUCAAAGUUGAAAUGCUUGAAGAGCACAUGCAAUAUGGAGCAAAUGAAUUGGAAGCUGUAAAAGCUGUAGUUCGUCAAAUGCUGGAGGAUGUUCAAGAGCGUUUGGUGUAUCGUACACAUAUUUACAUGAAAACAGACAUUUUGAACUAUAAUCCUGGUCCUGGCGACCUUGCCUAUCCUGAUAAGUUAGAGAUGAUGGAGAGUAUAGCUGAAAGCCUUUCUGCUGGCGGAUUGAGUCGAGCUAGCUCACGAGCAUCGUUAACCUCUAUCAGUUCCUCAAGCAAUGCUGUGAUAACAUCUUCAGGAAACAAUGCAGUGAUUCCUGAAAGAGACAGUGAUGCGUCUAGCACGACUAAAGAUCUUGAACCAUAUGAACCUCCAAAGAAAGCAAUAACUUAUUCUCCUGCAGAUUUGCAUGGGAUGUGGUAUCCAACUGUACGAAGAACAUUAGUUUGCCUCUCAAAAUUAUAUCGUUGUUUAGAUAAAACAAUUUUCCAAGGACUGUCUCAAGAAGUUCUCACAAUGUGUAUUCAAUCAUUGGCUGCAGCAAGUUCUACCAUAAGUAAAAAUAAGACGUUGUUGGAUGGACAGCUUUUUGAAAUCAAACAUCUGUUGAUUCUGAGAGAACAAAUUGCUCCUUUUCAAAUUGAUUUUGCCAUCAAAGAAACAACUCUAGAUUUCAGCAAAAUAAAAGUUGCUGCUUAUGGUUUGCUUCAAAACAGAACACAUUUGCUUUCACUGAAUUCAAGCAAUGCCAUUUUGGAAUUUUUACUACAGGGUACUCCUCAUGUGAUUGAACAGUUGAUAGAUUCCAAGAAAGCAGUUGAUAAGCAAUUAAAAGUUGUAUGUGAAGAUUUCAUUUCGCACACAGUGGCUCAUCUCAUAGGCUCUUUACAAGACUUUUUGAGUAAAGCAAAAACAGUGAUGGAAAUGCAAUCAUCUGAUGCUCGAGAAAUAAAUCUAAGUCAGCAGCCAUUUGCAGCAGCCGAGAAACUCUCACAACUCAUUGCUGAUAAUAUUCGCUCUUUAAAAACGAAGUUACCACCAUUACAUCGAAGCAUGUCACUAUAUUUAGCUAAUCCAGACACUGAAUACAUUUUAUUACGCCCAGUUAAGACACAAAUUCAAGGUUGUUUCGAACAACUCUUGCAGCUGAUACGAGUAAAUUAUACCGAGGAGGAACAAGUCAUCAUUGCAUGCCCUUCUUUAGAACAAUUAAGCAUUAUGCUGUCACCUAGUGCUUUAAAAUCAUGAUGUCUGAAGAAAACAAGAAAGAUAUCAUACUUGAACAUAAUAUUUUGAUUAAAAAAUAUUGUUGCCAAAGAGGAAAACAAUUUUUAUUUAUUAUUUUUAAAUAACUUUUUAUACUCUUCGAUAAACACAAUUAAAACAUGUUCUUGCCAUUGAACUGAGUGAAUUAUAGACAAAAUAAUUUAAUGGUUCCAUGUAAUGAUCAAUACUGAAAACAUUUAACGUUUAGUUAUUGUGCAAUUUAUCUUUGUUAUAUGGCUGUAUGUGAUUCCAUAUACAAAUUAAAUUCUUUAAGAUUUUGUUUACUUAUUUAUUUAUAUUUUAUCAACAGAGGGAAAUCUUUUAUCUAAAUUUUUAUUUCAAACUCUUGGCAGUUUUCUCAUGAAAUUUAUUUAAAAUUUAAUAAUAUGUACAAAAUAUGGCAUCUUUUUUAUGCUUGUUCAAGACGGUCAGUAUUACAAAUCUAACUGUUAACUUCUUGUUUAAAAAGUGAGAAGUGAAAUUAUGUAAAAAUAGUGUAUUGUUGCAAAUAAUUUUGUAUUUAUUGAUUUAUGAAAAUAAAUAAUUUUAAAGUAAAUUGUUUUUUUUUCUUGCAUUUUUGAGAAAUACAGAAAAUUUCAGAAUCAAGGCCCAUUUAAAAUUACGAAACUUUUUUUUCUGUGUGUAUUCUAAUUAUAAAGUUUUCACUUUGAUUCAAAAUGCCAUCUAUGAGCUCACUUCACGAAAUUUUGUACAAUUCAGUUUGAGAAGUAUCAUAGUGUAAAAUAACAUGUUUAAAUUUCUAUAUGAUUAUUUCCCUGUCUGUAAGGAAGCAUAGCCUAGCAGAAGAAAACUUUUUUAAAUAGUCAGAACAUUGGUAAAAUUGAAACAAAGAUCAAAUAAAUUAUUUUUUAUUGACA